AUGGACGGCCCGUCGGAAGACCCAUCCCAGCCAACGGAGGAAUCGCCGCUUCCGGACCCCGAGCCUUCGGACGACCCGUCGGAUUAUCCUCCGGAUUGGUCAACAACUACCACAACGUCGACAACUACAUUUCCGCUUCUUCCGCCGCAGAAGGAAACUGAGCCUCCGCCUACGCCGCCGGCGCAGAUUGUUCGGCUGCAAAUCCCGCAAUGGAUUGGACACCGCGGUUCGUUCGACUCGGCCAACGUCGAGCUCUUCCUGAUCGCCUCCUUCUCCAUCUUGACGCUGAUCAUGCUGGCCGGGCUGUGCUUCAUGUGCUGCUACUUCCCGUGGAAGCGGAUCAAGGACGACCGGAAGUAUCGUGAGCUCGAAUCGCGGUUGCGCAAGAAGCGCGAUAAGAAGCUGAAAGAAGGCGAACUUCAAUUGCCGUACCCGUAUCGCCAGGGUGGGUUCUGGGACGCGAAUAACGACAACACGGAAAAGCGCCACGCCAAGAAAGCCACCGCCCAGGACAUGGAAAUCGGGGUGACGGCUGAGACUGUUGCCGCCGCCGUGCGUAUCAUCAUGGAGGACGGCGGGCUGAGCGACGAGCCCGUGUCAUCCGCCUCAAAAGCAGACUCGCAGAUCAUCAUCGUGGAACGGGGAGGAAGACAACCGAUUCCGAAGCUGUACAAAGAUGAGGAUACGUCCGAACGGAGGCGCAGUCAAUCCCCGAAAGUUCGCCACACGCAAGAGCCGAGCACCACCCUGGCGGCCGUCUCGAAGAAGCCGCCCUCAAAACCGGCAAAGCGA